CCGGCCCAAUCCGGUGCGCGGCGGGGCGGGCCCGGGCGCUGGCCGCUGUCCGCGGUGCUGAAACGGAGCCGCGCGCGGGGCGGGCGGGCGGGCCGGUGGCUUCUCCCCGCGUGCACCCCGCCGCCCCGCCGGCCCCGCCAUGGUGAAGCUGCUGCCCGCGCAGGAGGCGGCCCGCAUCUACCACACCAACUACGUGCGCAACGCGCGCGCCGUGGGCGUGAUGUGGGGCACGCUCACGCUCUGCUUCUCCGUGCUGGUCACGGCCCUGUUCCUGCAGCCCUACUGGAUCGGCGACAGCCUCAGCACGCCGCAGGCCGGCUACUUCGGCCUCUUCUCCUACUGCGUGGGCAACGUGCUGUCCUCCGAGCUCAUCUGCAAGGGCGGCCCCCUGGACUUCGCCUCCAUCCCCUCCAGGGCCUUCAAGACGGCCAUGUUCUUCGUGGCCCUGGCCAUGUUCCUCAUCAUCGGCUCCAUCAUCUGCUUCAGCCUGUUCUUCGUGUGCAACACAGCCACGGUCUACAAGAUCUGCGCGUGGAUGCAGCUGGCGGCGGCCACAGGCCUAAUGAUUGGCUGCCUGGUCUACCCAGAUGGCUGGGACUCCAGUGAGGUGCGGCGCAUGUGUGGGGAGCAGACGGGCAAGUACACGCUGGGCCACUGCACCAUCCGCUGGGCCUUCAUGCUGGCCAUCCUCAGCAUCGGUGACGCCCUCAUCCUCUCCUUCCUGGCUUUCGUGCUGGGCUACCGGCAGGACAAGCUCCUCCCUGAUGACUACAAGGCCGACGGAAAAGAGGAAGUCUGAAGCAGCUGGCCAGGCGGACUGCAGCACCAAAGAGCCACCAAAGUUGCACACAGCAAAUCCAAGAAGAGGAAGGAAUACAGAUCACGAGGAGGAUGGGAGAGGCAGCGGCUGGGCCUUCCUAGAGCAGGACCCUCCUGAACCUACAUGUUUACAUCUUUUUUCUGAGCAGCUGUGGUUCUUCAUUCAGUUCAGCAUUACAGCUACUGUCAAGCUUCUUAGCCACACACACACACACACACACACACACACACACACACACACACACACAAUAUGUAAUUCUUGUGCCCCAAGAAUUACGCCGUCUUACUUGGGAAAUGAGAAAUAUGCACAAAAAAGAGACUGUGGUAGGGUGUGACCGCAUCUAAUUCAUUGUGUGGCCCAACAGAGUGAGUGUGGAAGAAAACCAGGAAAGCAAAAGGCUUACGCUUGGUCCCAAGGCACUGGGGAGUCAUUUGAAAUGGAGGAGCCCUUGGGCCAGGCUGUGAGGGAUGUAUACGAGUCUGGUUGGCUGGAGAGGAGGGUGAGUAGCACUCCAGGUCAGAAAAGAUUAUUCAGAAGCCCUCAGGAGGAGGAGUGCAUGGGGUGCAGUGCACCCCAGAAAAUAAGGGCGAAUGCUGAUCUGGUGGGAGAGGGAGGGGCUCCACGGGGAGCAGAAGGUGAGAGCCUAUAUUCAGAGGGCUUCCAAUCACAGGGAGUUCAGCCUUCAUCCUACAGGCCGAGGGGAUCGCUGGUUACUUUGCAAGGAGGGACGCAUGUGUUGAAAGAGGCAGAGGUCAGACCUGUCCAGCAGUGCCGGAUGGGCUGCAGCGGGAGGCAGAGGAGGACAGAAGCAGCGUUUGGAAUCCAGGUGGGCAGUGAGAUGUCAGAAGGAACGGGAAGCGAAGGCCUGGAAGCAAGACCUGAAACCCAGGGAGAAAGGAAGGAGAGGAGAGGUUUGAACGUGGGUAGCCGAGACAGCGGGAACACCAGGGCUACAGGCGGCCACACUGACAAGGGACACGCAUUUGGGAGGGCAGGCGAUGUGUCUGUAUGUACAGUCAGGUCACGUUUUGGGAUUACAGUGGAAAACACCUUUGGGACUGUGUGAGAUGUGUGUGUGUGUGUGUGUGUGUGUGUGUGUGUUUGUUGAUUUGUGCAAUCUGAAACCCAAAGACUUCCACAAACUAAAGUUUUUAAAAUUUGCGCAAACUCAUUUGGCAACAAAAGUUGGCCUAAACAGACAGCAAUAUUUAUGGUCUUUCUCGCGUUAUAUACCGAGCAUAUUCAUACUCUUAAUGCAACAAUUAGAGUAGCUUGGAUAUUUAGUUUGUAUUGUUAACAGACAAACUGAAAGCUGCAAAAAGUUACAGCAAUGUCUCCCGCCAGUACGGAGGACAGUGUUCCCUACUGUGGUUGCUUAGCAACCUUGGCUGAAGGGGCCAGGCCACUAGGGAAAAGUACGGAGGGAUUCACAUCCCAGCUGCCGGUCAGAACUAGGCAGGAGGGAGAGGAAACACCCAGUCUGACCUCAGGAGGUGCAGGGAGUGAGGGCGUCGCUGUGAGCACCCUGCCUCUCGGACAGGGGUGCUGUCCCAUCCGACUCCUGACUCCCCACUCCCCGGAAGAGGGAAGGCGGUGCGCAGAACUCACAGCACACCCUUGGAAACACUUCUGGCCUUGGUUUUGAUUCAAGGAAAAUGGGCCUAUGUGAUCAUUCACCAGGCACUUAUACACUGGGCAUUAAGAACAGAUUAUUUUUAAAAUUACUCUAUCAUACAGGCUCAAUUUCAGACAGAAUUUUAAGUGAUUUGUAAGAGGUAUACUAGGCAACCUAAUAAAAAAUAAGUAGAAUUAC